GCUGAUUCCCCAUCAUAUACAUUACCCCCAAAGCACUGUAACCAGCCCCGCUCUCGAACUUCAAUCGGCUUCAUACAGCAAACACCAGCAACAAAAUGUCAAAACCAACCCGCAAACACAAUAUUCCAGCCCUCACAAUGCCACACCUCUCCAAGGACAAGGCAUCGCAACUAGCAGCCGCCGCCGAACCGAACUCGCCUAGUACGGCAAAGAGGACCAUCACAAAAGCAAUGACACACCUACGAGCACUGAAAAUAAACCGUCGGCCAUCGAGAGACGUGCAGCCUACGCCGAUAAAGUCGCCGAAGAGUGCAGUGACGAUUAGUAUCAGUGUGUCCGAGAGGGCGGACCCGAUGGUUGCGCAAGCCUGCGUGAGGAUGAAGUAUCUGGAGUCUCUGUUGGAGGAGCUGAGAGGAUACUCUGGAGAAAAGCGCAUUAUGGCGGAGACGUAUUUAUUGAAGGUUGCGGAGAAGGAAAUGAAUCGGGCCAGCGACUACGCGAGCCGGAAAGCUGACGCCUUUGCAGCGAAUAUCUCAGCUCUACAGACCGCCGUUGUGCGUCUAUCGUCGCCAUUCUGCAACUCUAAGAAGCAACUAUACGCCAUCCGGCCGUUUCUUCGGACAUUCCAACGACAGAGUGCAUCCAUGGCCCCCAAACGCGACAAGGGUUUCCCCGUCAUGGAUCCGAUGUUCGAUGAAUACCUGGUAGACUUGAGGGAACAGGCGAAAAAGGUGGCUAAGAAGACGGGAUCCGGCGACAUAAGCGACUCGCUCAAAGUCUUUGUGAGGAUGGAAACGGAUUUUCGGUCCCUCCUGCACUUCAUCGCAAAAUCGAUCUCUGACAUCGACGAGCUUACCCGCAACCUGAAUCAUAUAUCCUCGGCAAAUGGAGACGCAACACCAGCUCAACCCGCCUCAGGCUUCCUAUCAGCCCUCCACCUCGCGCAGACCCUUUCCCUAGAAAGCAGAGCCAUGAUCGCCAAACUCGUCUCCGACCUCGUCCCAGAUCUAGAAACGUACGAGUGUGCCGUGUGUCUCGCUACCCUCUACGAGCCAGUCCAGCUUCAAACCUGCAAGCACCGUUUCUGCAGCGAGUGUCUGCACCAGCAUGAACGUUUCUCUGCGUUUUGGGCGUACCUGUACUGGAUUGAUGUUCAGUGCCCCAUAUGCAGAGGAAGCUAUACCGGCCGAUGCAAAUUCCAGGACGUUGCUUUGAACAACUUGAUCAAAACGUACUUCCCACGCGAGCACAAUGCGAAAGGCAGGACGGAGCUUCAGCGCAAACUCAGAAGGAAGUUUAUCCUGCUGGUUAGGAAGAAGAUAGUCUGGCGUGAUACCUUUUGGGAGGGAUGAAAGGAUUGGCGUAUGGCCUUGAAAACGCAACAUGUAGAUUGGACCUAUUGCGCUGCUGUAUAUAUGACAAAGGCGGAGCACUACCCUAUUAAUUAGGUGCCCGCGGAGGGUAGCAGUUGCCUACCUGUUGUUGUAGAUAGUGGGAUCAGGACCUCUGGCGUAUGAAAAAUAGAUGGUGUGAGA